AUGGACGAAUCUAACGACGUAUCAACUGCUUCUAGUUCACGGUCUUCGGAGUCGAAGGACUUGAGUAGCCCCACUGUGCGGCCACUUCAUGAGAAAGCAGACACGGGCCCCUCGAAUGAGGCCCUAGAAACUAUCUCAGGCGACGAGGAGGCAUACGAGGAGCCUGCAUUCCAUACAGAGUUUCUCAAAUCCAGUGUUACAGACAUUCUUGCGCGCGAUUCCAUCAGCUCCAUGGCUGUAUCGCUUCACCAUAUUGCGCUGGGGCUCCAGUCGGGGAUGAUUUUUGUUCUCUCCCGCACAGGACACCUUGAGAAAGGGUUCCAAGUCCAUUCUGCCCCUGUUUUGGACAUUGUAUUUGAUUCCACAGGCGAAUUCGUCGGAAGCGCUGGCAUGGAUGGGAUUGUAAUGAUUGCUGCACUUUCAUCAUCCGAACAGUAUGAAUUUAACUUCCAUCGACCUAUGCGUUCCAUUGCCCUAGAGCCCCAGUUUGGCAACCGAUCUUCCCGUGCAUUUGUGUGCGGUGGUAUGUCGGGCGUGCUUGUGCAUCGCGAGAAACGUUGGUUCGGCUACAAGGAAACCGUUCUUCAUAAUGGAGAAGGGCCAAUAUGGGCCGUGGCAUGGCACGGGCGCUGGAUUGCCUGGGCCAACGACCGCGGUGUGCGCGUCAUUGAAGCAUCGACGCAUGAGAUUAUUGCGCUCGUCCCGGCGUCGCCCAACGCUCCACGCCCUGAGCUGGUACGAUACAGCCUGUACUGGCGCGAUCUGAAUACUCUUCUCAUUGCACAGGGUGAUCGCAUCACGGUCGCGUCAAUUAAAUCGCGGAACAAGGCUACUGAAGAUGAAGUACGUGCUGCUACCCCGACGGUACCGACCAUUUCGGGAUUAGUAUCGAGCCUAGCUCCCGCUUCACGGGAUCUCCAUGAAUAUGUACAAGUCAUCGACAUUUUCCAGCUGGAGUGCCUAGUAUCUGGUAUAGCAUGGUCCAUGGAUGCCAUGAUUACUUGCGCUUACCUUGUGGAUGAGACUGAGCUGGCUUCGAUGGACAGUGAGACCCUGCAAAUACGUCCUCACCAAUCUCCCGAAAUCCGUUUGAUCAAUCGCCACGGCGAGGAACUGGCUAGUCAUGUCCUAGAUGUUUCCGACUUUACAAGGUUCCAUUGCAAUGACUACCAUAUGCGAGCCUCAUUGGAACCCAAAUGGGACCCAGUACUUCAAGAAGAUGUACUUUCGCCUGUUUUCUUCGUUGCCAAUCCCAAACAGAUACAUGUUUUGCGUCCAAGAAAUGAGCGCGAUCACAUCCAAUGGCUUCUGGAGCAUGAUGAAUACAGAGAAGCUCUAGAGGCCCUGGAGGCCCUUGGCAGUGGACCGGCGGCUGCCUUGGGCUUUGAUGUGGCCGCUGUGGGACGCGACUAUUUGACACACUUGAUCCAUGAUCUCCAUGAAUAUACCGCCGCUGCACAGCUCUUUCCGCUUCUCUUGCGAUCGGAUGUGGCCGCAUGGGAGCAUUUUGUCUUUUUAAUGCUGGAUCAUGGGCAAGUCAAGACACUCUUGCCUCAUGUACCGAUCAAAGAUCCUGAGCUUGGCGAGGUGGCAUACGAUAUGAUUUUGGUACAUCUUUUGCGCACCGACGAACAAACCCUGCUCAUGACCCUGCGCACUUGGCCUGGGCAUGUAUAUUCAACACAGGCUGUUGCCACAGCCAUUGAGGACCAAGCUCGGAAUAGUCGCGUGCUACUCGAGUGUCUUGCACAACUUUUCUUGGCGAAUCAAAUGCCUGGUAAGGCCUUGUUGUAUUUAUUACGUCUCCGACACUCGUCUGUGUUUGAACUCAUCCGCGAAAACGACCUACUCAUUGAUGUUCAGCACAAGAUUGGUGCGCUCGUCGAGCUAGACCAAGAACUAGCCGACUCCCAAGAACCACAAAACAGUGCCUUGAUUCCACUUCUAGUUCGACACACACACUCUGUGCCGAUACAGCGUGCUGUGCAUCAGUUCGAGCCUUAUCCAUGGUAUCAAUAUCUCUAUCUUGAUGCCCUGUUUGAGAAGGAUCCCUCCCUUGUCGUGCCGUAUGCCAACAGACUCGUGCGCCUAUACUCUGACUAUGCCUAUCCAAAACUGAUGCCCUUUUUACGUUCCAUGAGCUCGGUGUAUUCUUUCAAGGAAGCCUACAAUGUAUGUGAGGAGCGAGGCCACGUUCCAGAGAUGGUAUUUCUCCGGGGUCGCACCGGUGAUCUUCCAGGCGCUUUGAACUUGAUCCUCGAGCGCCUGAACGAUGUCGAAAUGGCUAUUGAAUUUGUACAGCAACAAGACGACGCCGAUCUUUGGAAUAUUUUGCUGGCGCAUUCUUGUAAUAAGCCAGACUAUGUCCGUGGUCUCUUGGAGCAUGCUGGUGGUGAAAUCGAUCCUGUACGGAUUAUCCGGCCAAUUGAAUAUGGCCUUGUCAUCCCUGGAUUGCGCCCUGCUUUGAUGAAAACACUAAAAAAUUUCCACAUGCAACACUCGCUCCUUUCGGGUGGAAUGACAGUCCUGAUGAAUCACACGAAGGAGCUCGUUUACCGGUAUCAAUCUGUACUUUCAGCCGCAGUUCCGUGUGAUGCGCAGGCUGUUUGUACUGUAUGCGAAGCCCCGCUCUUACAAGACUUUUAUGUACCCAUUGUCCUGUUCUUGUGCAUGCAUGCAGCUCAUCUCUCCUGUCUACAACCCCAGAUGGAGAGUCAUCCUUCUCAUGCAUCGCCUAUGGAACCUGUCACUCUUUCUACCACUAGGCUAUAUGCCGAUUCCCGUGAAAAUCGGAUCGGCGAAGAUUCCACGAUGCUCUAUCCACAGGAGAGAGAAUCCUUUUCCGAUGAAAAGGAUCCAACCCUGGAUCUCUUACAAAGGUCGGCCCAAACGCGACAACACCAGCAUCUUGCCAAGCAGGGGUGUCCUACCUGUGCAAAAGAGAGGGCGUAUUGCCUAUCUGACUAG